AUGUUCCCUCACCAGGGCGGUCAAGGUCAGCUUCCUACGCACUGGCAACCGCCUACCUCACAGCAGCCUGCCAACGGCUCCUACCCUCCGCCGCCCACUCAUAUCAAUACUUCUCUCCCCCCUCCUCCACCACAAGAGCCUCGUCCCGACAUGGCGGCCCAUCAACACCCUCAGCAGCAGUAUCGUCUCCCUGGCCCUCACGAGUGGACUCGAGCCCCUCCUCCACCAGACCCAUAUAGACCCCAGGCUCCACCUGCAAACUACAUGAAUCACGGUCAUCAACCUCCGGCACCGCGCCAGAGGACUGCAAUUGCUUGUCGUUAUUGCAGGAGACGCAAGAUUCGAUGCUCGGGUUUCGAGGCCACAGAUGAUGGUCGCUGUUCAAAUUGCAUGAGAUUCAAUCAGGAUUGCAUCUUCACUCCCGUCUCUGCUCAGACGCAAGCGUUUGUUCCGGCGCAUACUGUCUGGCGUGGAGUUGGACACCCUCCACCAAUGUAUGGAGCAUAUGGCCAGCCAUUGCCUCCUGCAACUCACGCGGAGGCAUAUGCCCAGCCUCCACGCCAGCAGCAGUAUCUGCCUAGCCCAACGGGCGCCACAGGUCCGUACCAAGCUCAUUCUACAUUUGGUCAUCCUUCUGGUGCUCCCUACGAUGAUGGAAGCCGUGAUCCGCAGAGCAGGAAGAGGCCAUACCCUGAGCCUCACACGCCAACUUUGCCGCCACCGAAUCCUGCUUCAGCGUCACAGCUUCCUCAUCGCAGCGCCGGUCCGGACUACACAUAUCCAGACCCAACAAGUCUAACCACCGCUGUCUCUCCAGCGUCCUCCUCUGCCACAUAUCCGUCUGCUCCUCCACCCCCCUCUGCUCAGCCAUACUAUGCAGCCCAGCCGCCGCGACGAUCGUCUCCGCAGAGCGCCUACUCGUAUGAUACCGGUCGGGCUUCGUCCUCUCCCCACACGCAAGCGGGCCCAAGCACACCGGGUGCUUCUCCCUAUUAUACAGCGCCGCCUUCCUCCAACAGUACCUUGCAACCAAUACCCCCGCGCAGUGACGGCAGGACCCCGCCUCCCCCGACUUCGCAAGCGUCGAGUAGGCCAGGAAUGCGUAUUAACGAUCUUGUGAGCGACAACGGCAAUUCAAGAAGCUCCACCGAUUCUGAUAUGCUCAAUAUGCUCAACCGUCGACCUAUGUAA